CAAGCAAGGGCAGGGCCGGGCUGCAAGGCGACUGGGAUUCCUUCCGUCGACAAUUCCCUUUCAAAGUUUCAAACACCAACCUGGAGCUUCCUACUCCGUACCUUGUCGACCAGCACCCAGAGCUUCCAGGGCAGCCCUCUAACGACGAACCGGCUACAGCUGUUCCACAUAUAAUAUCUGCCGAGUCUUCGACCAUGCUCGUCUCUCUCACUGUCGGCAAGGUCGACGCCGGCGUCACCGUGCUGCUCACCCCCGACAAGCGCCUGAUUGAAUUUCCAUCAAUACUUCUACCCCCAGAUAUCGCAUCCGGGUCCAUAGUCGACAUCAAUGUCUCGCGCAACAAGAGCUCCGAGAUAGCGGCCGAGCGCGCCUUCCGGGAGCUCCAAGACCGGAUUCUCUCCUCCUUCGGCGCAGCGGAGCCCUCACCUCCCGUCCUGCGGUGCCGAAACGCGACCCAGACGAGCGUCGUGCUCGAGUGGGACCCGAUCCAGCUCGCGACGGCCGACCUGAUCAGCCUGGCCCUGUACCGCAACGGCCAAAAGGCCGGCAACAUUCCCAAGCCGCUGUCGAUGCACACGACCAAGAUCAGCGGCUUGGCCGUCGACACCGAGUACACGUUCCACCUGGUGCUGCGCACGACGGCGGGCACUUUCGCGAGCCAGCGGGUCGCCGUGCGCACGCACAAGAUGACGGAUCUCAGCGGCAUCACCAUCACGACGGGGAUCCUGCCGCCCGCGGUGCGCGAAGGGCUGGUCGCCGCCGUGGAGCGCAUCGGCGCCAAGAUCGUCGACGGCGUGCGCAUCGACACAACGCACUUCGUCACGGUCGAGGGCCGCGGCGUGCAGUGGGAAAAGGCCAACGAGCUCAACAUUCCCGUCGUGCGGCCCGAGUGGGUCGAGGCUUGCGAGCGCAACGGCCGCAUCCUCGGCGUCACAAAGUUCUACCUCGACGCCGUCCGCGUCGGCCCGGGCUUCGAAAACGACCAACAACAACGGCCCGGCACUGCCGGCACUACUACUACCACCACGACCGCUGCCGCCCCGCCGUCCCCGCCGCGUAAGGACUCAACAACAGGCCCUUCUAGCCGCGCUGGCAUGGGCAGCAGCAGCCAGCAACCGUCAGAACCGGCCCCUGCUGAAUACUCGGCGGCGUCACAAAAGGAGGAGGGAGGAGACGUCGAGUCGGAGUCCAGUGACAGCGAACAGGAGCCGGAGGAGAAGGUCAAGUCACCUGAUGAGCAGAAGGUGCUGGCAGACGAGAGGAAUCAGAAACGGCUGGCGGAGCGGCCCAAGCCGACAGUUGAAGAUGAUGACGACGACGAAAUGCAGGGGGAUAACGAGGCAAGCGAGGAUGAGAAGGGCGGCAAGUCGCCUGGCGAUGGUUCAUCGUUCCAGGACGUGGCUCUAUAAUGCUGGGGUGGUUGGGCUUGAAAGCAGAAGUGUAGGACUACGGGCGCGAAUGCGCUAGGCGUAAUAUUGUACCUGAGAAGUUGAUGAUGUUAUGAUACAGCGCCCUGGGCCUUUCCACCCUCAUCCACCUGGUAAGGGGCGACAUCCUUGGAGAACCAUCUAUUUUUCACCUAUAUCGGAAAAAUCCAACACGUGCAU